CGCACGCUGGAUGUAUAUUUCUUAAUUACAACAUAUUUUUUCAAAAUUUUCACAACUCAAGCUCGAAAGUGAAUAUGGCAUUAUUUGAUAUUUUGGUCGGUUUCUCUCGCCAGUUUCGCUUCUCGAGUUUCCUUGAUGGCAAUUUCGAGGGAUUCGUUGGCAUUGUCAAUCGCAUCGUUUUGAGAUUGGACUACGUAAUCGAGCGGAAUGCGAAAGAAUUUACUACUUACUGCUACACGGUGAUUUUACUAACUUGUAUUGCCUUGUCGUUGGGCGGACUCUUUUUAACUUUGAUUAUGUGUUUGCAAAAGUUUCCGCUUUUGAUCACCAUAUGCACCUGCUACCCGAUCUCAUUGGGCACGCUAAUAAGCCGCCUCGCAAACCCAAGAAGCGCAGAUGGGGAUCAGGAGGGGAAUGAGGAUAAUGAUAAUGAGGAUGAGGGUGAAGAGGUGGAUCCCGAUAUUUCUGUACCAGAUCACUCCACCAAUGCUUCUGUGCCAGAGGACAUGACCGGUACUUUAAGGCCAGAAGAAAUCCCAAAUUCUUCGGUGUCGGAGAACAUUGACGAAACCUCAUACCUGCUUGCUGCAAAGAAACCAUAUAGUCUGCAUUCUGGGCUCUUUUUAUCCACGAAAGAUGAAGCUGGUUCGCGGAUUGUGGGAAAUGGACGAGAUAAUGCUGCCCUACGCGGAAGACCCUCGCCAAUACCAACUCUAUAAAAAAUAGGGAUGCAAAAUACAAAAAAAAAUAAUAAUAAAAACUAAAUGAGAUGCGGAAACAGAUAUUGAACUAUCCUAGAUCACCAGAAAAAUAA